AUGGAGUCCAAGAACGGCAGCAACGGCAGCAGCAUCAACAACAACAGCACUGGAAGCGACGCUCCUACCGCAUCUGGAUUUGGAUCUGGAUCUGGAACUGGAGCGAGUGAUCUUCUUACUUCUGGUCUGACAACCUCCUUGAUGGCGGAAGAACUGGUCAGCUUUUUGGACCGUGCAUCUGUUUUGAGAUGCAUGGCAGUAUCUCAGGUUGAGAAUCAGUUUCAAUUGACAAACUACUACUGUCAAAACAUGGAAGCAAGCUGGAGUGCCAAAAGGCUCUUCGUGAAGAGCUUCGAAAGAAUUCCUGCUGGAGAAAAGAAGAAGACAGCAAUGACGACGGCAUGA